AUGGCCCUCACGCAUUUCUCCUUCCACUGCGGUCCUCACGGAUUUGAGGCAGUCAGCGCUCUGAUUACAAGUCUGCGGAUCUAUGUCGGCGCAGUCCUGCUGGCGCAGGGAGCAGACACCCUACUGGAGUUCAUAUUCGAUCGACUCCGGCUUCAUAUCUACGAAACUCCAUACCCACUGGAGUGCAUCGACCCACUUCAUAUCGACUCGGCUUCAUAUCGAAUCCACCACUUCAUCCUCGAAACAAUGCAGCUCACCAAGUCACUUCUCAUUGCUGCCGCAACAAUGCUGGGAGCCGUCACCGCAAACACACAUAUGCACUGCGCAGAUUGUUCACUGGCAGCCGGCAUCUGUAACUACGCAGGAGGCACCAAAGCUAUCAACGGUGACGACUGCUGCGUUCCGGACUGGGGUGUGGACAAAUACUACGCCAAUUGCGGGCGUUAUUGCGGUGGUGCGCACUCUCUUGGAGCUUGUUAA